GACAGAAAGAAAACUAUUAACAACUAUUCUUGGAAGCUGGCUAGCUCUGAUGUGGUUAAUAUCUUUUAUAUAAAUUAAAAUGUAGAUGUAUCUGCGUCAUUGAAAAAAGUGAACUUUCAGAAGGCCUAUAUGUGUUGGGGUUCAAGGUAGGUUUGAUAUUACAAAAGAGGUCACGUACUGAAAAAAAGUUUCAGAAACACUAGACUAAAACAACUCUGUAUUCAGUUUUGCUACACUGUCACAGACCGGCGCCAACCAUGUUAUAUAUAUAUAUUUCUUUAGAGUGUGUUUUCGGGCAUCCCGUUCAGAAUCUACGGGAGGAGGCCGCGAGAGAGGGCGGAGAGGACUGCCCAGUGUCGAGGGGCAUCUGGAGACGGUCGGCUUUGUGAGCCGCGCAAGCGGCUGUUCUUCGGAGGCGGCUUCGCUGUCCCCUUCGACGGAGUCGGGGCUUGGCCGCGGUGUAAGAUUACCAGAGUGGAGCAGGCAGAGCGCACGGUGAAGCGAGUUGUGCGCCCUGUGUCCACUGUUCGGUCGCUUCCGCUGGUCAGGAUCGCGGAGACGGCCGGGCCAUAAAUCGACAGUGCGUAUGCUGUCUUCGGUGGCACCGAGAAAAAAAAAAAAAAACGCCCGUAAAUAACCGCUGGGCACAGCGCUGUCUUUAACCAGCGUCUUCCCUCCGCCAGCUCGUUAGCAGUUCGGUGGAAAGGGUCACAGUCGGUUGGAAAGAGGCAGCGAAGAAGGUUGUGUGAGCCUUUGCGGCGUGCGGGGCCGAAUUCCUGACGGCGAGGCGUGCGCUUCAUCGCACCGGGCCCGCCGCCUUCGAGCCAUCGCCGCAACGACUGCCACACGAGCCGUCCCCGUUCUUCGCCGCGCUCCGAUAUGGUCUGUCCGCCGGCUUGUCCUCUUCUUCUUUGUUCUGUAACUCUCAAUGACUCCUGUGCCUCUAAACUCCUUUGUUUACUGUUGUUGUAACCCUGCCUGAUUAUUGUAUGUUCUGGUCGUGUUUCCAAUUGUGUGUGCUUCUCGCCAAUUCUGUUCGUUCCUACUUUGAGUUCUUUGUUCCCUUAUUGUCCGUGAUCAGUUUUGUGUAUGAUUAAAUGCUUGUUAUCCCCCUUCAACGAGUUGCUUCGUGAUUGCCGACGCACCGAUACACGGGCGCCUUGCUCGGGCUGACCAACCCUGAAUAAAUAAAUGUUGCACGAGGACCUCUCGCUUGUAGGCCAGGGCGAAGCGUAAAGCGGACCCCUGUGUUCCGUCGGCUUGCGCCUGGCAGCCGGAUCGGCGAGCGACUUGUAGGUUUUUGUGACAAUAAUUGGCGUCCGCGACAGGACUUGGUCAGCCGCGUGUCGGUGCUGAGGAUACGAAGGAAUUCGUUUGAGGGGUCGUGCUAGUGGCAAGAAGUCCACCGUUUCGUUGAGCACGAUGGCAGAGGCAGAGUUUGAUAAACUCGUUAAUCAGGGACGGAGCUUCGGCUUCGAAGGUAAAGAAUUGUUUUCUUGGAUAGAGCAAGAGAGAGCUAGACGUCGAGAAGAGCGCAAUGCAGAACGCACUUGGCGGAGGGAAGAAGCUGAACGCGAAAAGACUAUGAGAGAGGAAGAGUCCACCUUAAGAAUGGCUCUGCUUGAAAAAGAAAAGGAGGUGUUGUUGCUGAGGCAGCAACUCGGCAGUUCCUCGGAAACGGACUCUAGGUCCGGGUCGGAAGAGAGGGGGGCUAUGCCGGGAAGCAAAGUGAACCCGCACAAAGUUAUGCCUGUGUUCAAUGAGCAACGUGAUGACCUCGACGCGUAUUUGAUGCGUUUUGAGCGUGUGGCUCGAGGUCAAGGUUGGCCACGAGACCAGUGGUCCACUGCAUUGAGCCUGUGUUUGAGCGGUGAGGCACUGAGCGUUUUCAGUAGGAUGUCCGCGCCAGAUUGCACGGAUUAUGAAAAGUUAAAGCAAGCAUUGAUGCUACGUUUUAGAAUGACCGAGGAAGGGUUUAGAGAAAAGUUUAAGGGUGCAUCCCCUAUGAACGGGGAAACGUGCUCCCAGUUUGUUACUCGGCUCACGAAUUUCCUUGAGCGGUGGGUCGAGCUGUCCAACACCAAGAAGGAAUACAAUGAUCUGUUCGAGCUGAUGGUGAAGGACCAGUUCCUUUCAAGCUGCGCGGCACCACUGGAACUCUUCCUAAAAGAGAGAAAAGAUGCUACUCUUCAAGAAAUGAUAGAAAGAGCGCAGCAUUACGUAGACGCUCAUGGAUGGCCGAAUUUCGCAAGACGUCCAGCUGCGAGGAAAGAGCCGUCAGCUACAACAGAUGCGGAACAAAGAGCUGAAAGGAAAGACAGGAGCCAGUCAGCUGUGCAGGUGAGGGAUCAGGAAGUGCAGAAAUGCUUCCUUUGCUCUCGUAUCGGCCAUCGAGCCGAAAACUGUCGCGUGGGCAGAGCGGAGGGCAACAACCAACCUCUGAAAUGUUUCAAGUGUGGCAAAAGCGGCCACACUAGUUGGAAGUGUUGGCAGAAGGGUCCAAACAAGCCAAAAGGCACGGCAGAAGAAUCAGCGUCGUUGUGCAUUGAGAACGGAUACAUUGAGCUGAAGAAUGGGGAAAAGGUCCCAGUCGUUGGCGUGGGCCUGACAGAUGAGCCCGUAAAUGUUAAUGCGAAACUUCCAGUAGUCACCGGGGUGGUUGGUAACCAAAGGGUUCGGGUGCCUAGAGACACUGGAUGCAACACAGUGAUAGUAAGGAGGAGUCUGGUCAAGGAUGGUGACCUCAUAGGGUCCAACUCUCCCGUGUACCUCCUCGAUCGGUCGGUUCUCCUGCUUCCAGAGGCUUGUAUCAGCGUGGACACACCUUAUUUCAAGGGCCGCCUUCGGGCGAAGUGUAUGAAGGAUCCCCUUUAUGACCUGGUACUCGGCAACGUUGAAGGAGUUAGAAAUGCCGCCGAUCCGGAUCUCGACUGGAGAUUGGAGAAGAUGGCCGCGACUGUGCCCUCCUCGAAAGAAGUACAACCCUCAAGGAGUAUUAGCGCUGAGCAGGAGUGCAACACUGCUGGAGGCGAGCGCUCGGCUAUCGCAGACUCGUAUGGUGACCAUGCAAACGCCGUAGGGACGAGAUCGCAAGCCCAUGAGAAAAGACCGUUAAGGGACCCUCGGGUGUCGGAGAAUUCAGAUAACGUAAGCCGGGAAGACCUAAUCAAGGAGCAGACUGUAUGUGUCGGAUAGACUAAUUCGCGGAGGCGUGUUGUUAUCACUGUAUAAUGAUGUUUGUUUUUCUCAACGUCAGGGCUUCUAUGUAUCCAUGCCACUGACGACCUCAUGCAGUGCUCUGUAUUAUGUUCUUCCAUAUGUGUUCUGUAUGGAGGCAUUAGGUCUAGCUUUGUGCAGCUAUGAUAUAAUACGAUGUGGUUGCUGUCUUUGUGCCGUGCGUUAUCAUGUGCUUCUUAGUAUGGAUAACACUGUGGACUUCGCGAGUGCAGUGGGUGCGCGUCAGCUGACAAUGCCAGAGAACUGACAGUGCCCAUGAGACUGGGUCCAGAUCCUCAUGCAUUGGAAUUGGACUAUAUUUUUUUUUUUGGACAAUGCAACCGUGAAGUGUGCAUAUCCACCUGUGCGUCUGUAGAUUCUACACUAGUUUUGAGAGUACAUUCCUGCUCUGACGUUCGACGCUCAUAGGUUUCCUGUUGUUAUUGUGUGUGAUUUGUCGCUGGCCUGUGGCUAGUAAAAUAUUACGCUGUAAUAUUCUUGAGCGGGGAGCAGUGUCACAGACCGGCGCCAACCAUGUUAUAUAUAUAUUUCUUUAGAGUGUGUUUUCGGGCAUCCCGUUCAGAAUCUACGGGAGGAGGCCGCGAGAGAGGGCGGAGAGGACUGCCCAGUGUCGAGGGGCAUCUGGAGACGGUCGGCUUUGUGAGCCGCGCAAGCGGCUGUUCUUCGGAGGCGGCUUUGCUGUCCCCUUCGACGGAGUCGGGGCUUGGCCGCGGUGUAAGAUUACCAGAGUGGAGCAGGCAGAGCGCACGGUGAAGCGAGUUGUGCGCCCUGUGUCCACUGUUCGGUCGCUUCCGCUGGUCGGGAUCGCGGAGACGGCCGGGCCAUAAAUCGACAGUGCGCAUGCUGUCUUCGGUGGCACCGAGAAAAAAAAAAACGCCCGUAAAUAACCGCUGGGCACAGCGCUGUCUUUAACCAGCGUCUUCCCUCCGCCAGCUCGUUAGCAGUUCGGUGGAAAGGGUCACAGUCGGUUGGAAAGAGGCAGCGAAGAAGGUUGUGUGAGUCUUUGCGGCGUGCGGGGCCGAAUUCCUGACGGCGAGGCGUGCGCUUCAUCGCACCGGGCCCGCCGCCUUCGAGCCAUCGCCGCAACGACUGCCACACGAGCCGUCCCCGUUCUUCGCCGCGCUCCGAUAUGGUCUGUCCGCCGGCUUGUCCUCUUCUUCUUUGUUCUGUAACUCUCAAUGACUCCUGUGCCUCUAAACUCCUUUGUUUACUGUUGUUGUAACCCUGCCUGAUUAUUGUAUGUUCUGGUCGUGUUUCCAAUUGUGUGUGCUUCUCGCCAAUUCUGUUCGUUCCUACUUUGAGUUCUUUGUUCCCUUAUUGUCCGUGAUCAGUUUUGUGUAUGAUUAAAUGCUUGUUAUCCCCCUUCAA